AUGAUUGUGAGUUCUGAAUCUGCUUUAUAUGCUGCAACUGAAAGUGAUAUCAUUGUUGGUGUGAAAGUCGGUCGAAAUGCCACAACUGAAAGUGAUAUCAUUGUUGGUGUGAUGGACAGUGGAAUUUGGCCUGAAGCUAAGAGCUUUAAAGAUGAAGGUUUUGGUCCUCCUCCUAAGAAGUGGAAAUGUAUCGUUGGUGCUCGAUAUUACUUAACAGACACUACAAGGGAUUUCCGGGGUCAUGGAACUCACUGUGCAUCAAUUGUAGCCAGGAGUCCUGUAAAGGAUGUAAGCUUUUACGGACUAGUAAAUGGUACUGGAAGAGGAGGUGUACCUGCUGUGAGAAUCGCAACAUAUAAAGUCUGUGAUCUUGAUGUCGGGUGUAGUUCAGACGGUAUCUUGGCUGCUUUUGACGAUGCAAUUGUUGAUGAAGUUGACAUCAUUUCAAUUUCACUUAAUGGAUUUUUUCGUUCUGAGCCUCAUUUUUAUAUUAACCCGAUUGCAAUUGGUGCCUUUCAUGCCAUGAAGAAAGGGAUACUAACUUUACAGUCUGCCGGAACCAUAUUUAAUAGUUAUAAGGUUGGUCAUGUGACAAGUGUAGCACCAUGGAUAUUCACAGUUGCAGCUAGUACCACAGAUCGUCGGAUUAUUGACAGCACUAUUCUUGCAAACGGAAAGAAACUAGUCGUAUGUUACCUGGACCCUGAUUUAGUUAAGGGAAAGAUAGUUGUAUGUGAGAAGAACACUGGAAUUCCUGGGGCUUACAGAUAUGGGGCAGUUGGGAUAAUUUUUGUUAAUUUUAUGAACGAAACUUUUUCUCAAGUUCUCCCAUUUCCUGGGGUGAAUUUAAUCAUAGAAGAGUUAAAUGUGGUCAAGUCCUACAUGAACUCCACCAAGUAUAGAUUCAUUUCAAUACUGUUAAGGUUGGCAAUUUUCGAUCACGUUGCUUUUUAA